AUGAAGCGGUUCAGCCAGAAAGUUCUCUCUCGCGGGAAGGACCCUAAUAAGUCCUCCAAGAAGAACAAAGAACCGAAAGACGGAACGGCCUCUCCGGCAUCUUCUAGAGACUCGAAUCAAUCCCCAGUCCAGACACCCUCUUCCUCGACCUCGACACUCAAUGAUAUCCGAAAUAAGCCUCUGCCGCCCAGUAACGCCGGCUUCAGGCCCGGCGACCACAACGCUGCGAAUCAGCAGGCGCCGCAAUUGCCUGCCCUAGGAGUUCAGUCCAGUCCCGAUAGACUCGCCGGGUCUGCUGCGACAAAUGGUCAGGGCACUCCUUCCCGGCAUGGCGCUUUGCCUCCUACCGUCAUCGUCAGCCCCUCACCGAUGCAGCAUAUCCCUCCCCCUGGCGCGACGGAAACUCUCCCUGGUGAUCUAGCCCCUCCCAAGGCCGGCAAAUCUCUCAUGUUCGAUCGAAUCCAUCAAAUGACGCCCAAGGACGUAGUGCCAGAAGGCCUCAGGACUCCUAAGCGACAGCAUUCCUCUCGGUUCGAGAUCUCCCCCCAUCGCGAAUUAGAGAAGUUGCCCGGUUUCCACGACGUGCCGCCCAAUCGCCGCCAGGAACUGUUCAUGCAGAAGAUUGAGCAGUGCAAUGUUAUCUUUGAUUUCAACGACGCCAGCGCCGAUAUGAAAUCAAAGGAGAUCAAGAGACUUGCACUUCACGAGCUCCUAGAUUACGUGGCCAACAAUCGCCAGGUCAUCGUCGAGCCCAUGUAUCCCAAGGUGGUGGAGAUGUUUGCCAAAAACCUCUUCCGUCCUAUCCCUCCCCCGGUUAACCCCCAGGGCGAGGCGUUUGACCCCGAAGAAGACGAGCCUGUCCUCGAGGUUGCUUGGCCUCAUAUCCAGGUCGUGUACGAAUUUUUCCUUCGAUUCAUCGAGAGCCAAGACUUCAACACCAACAUCGCCAAGGCCUACAUUGACCACAGCUUCGUGUUGCAAUUGCUUGAGCUCUUCGACUCGGAGGACCCGCGCGAGAGAGAUUUCCUCAAGACGACGCUGCACCGCAUCUACGGAAAGUUCCUGAAUUUGCGGUCCUUUAUUCGAAAAUCCAUCAACAACGUGUUCUUCCAGUUUACGUACGAGACGGAGAGGUUCAAUGGUAUUGCUGAAUUGCUCGAGAUUCUCGGAUCUAUUAUCAAUGGAUUCGCCCUGCCGCUGAAAGAGGAGCACAAGACCUUCCUCACCCGUGUUCUCCUCCCUCUCCACAAGGUCAAGAGUCUCAGCAUGUACCACCCUCAGCUUGCCUACUGUAUUGUGCAGUUCCUUGAGAAGGACGCUUCCCUUACCGAAGAGGUCGUUCUUGGACUGCUCCGCUACUGGCCCAAAGUCAAUAGUACGAAGGAAGUCAUGUUCCUUAAUGAGGUUGAGGAUAUUUUCGAAGUCAUGGACCCGGCCGAAUUCGCCAAAGUUCAAGAACCCUUGUUCCACCAGUUGGCCAAGUCCGUCGCGAGUCCCCAUUUCCAAGUCGCCGAACGCGCGCUCUACUUCUGGAACAAUGAGUAUUUCUGCAACCUCGUGAGCGACAACGUCGAGAUCAUUCUCCCGAUCAUGUUCGCUCCGUUGUAUGAAAAUUCUAAAGGACACUGGAAUAGGACAAUUCAUGGAAUGGUGUAUAACGCUAUGAAGCUCUUUAUGGAAAUCAACCCGCAACUCUUCGAUGACUGUUCCCACGAGUACACCGAGCAACAGAACUCUGCGGCAGCGCGCGAAAGCAUGAGACAAAGGAAGUGGCAGGCGAUUACCGACCAAGCCAACCAGCGGAGGCUGCUCAUGAACGGGACGAACGGGCGGGGUCAUUCCGGCUCGCUAUCCCGAGGCGGCGAAGUUGACCCGGCCACUGAAGACAACCAGAAGCGACUAGACUCGUUGAAGUUGCAGGACGGAGACCGUAGAGAGCGUCUCCCCGCCCUCCACGAGAGGCACCCAUCGGCGGGCUCCUCGCGGAGCGGGCGAUGA